ACGUAAUUACUAUUUGUUUUAUAUUGCUUUUAUUUACAGUUCUUUUACACUUGUACUAAUUUGCAGGUACGCUGGUUGCCGUAUGGAGCUUUUCCUGCACAAUAAGUGCCUAAGACUAUGUUUAUGGGAUGUAUUCGCUAUCAGGGCAUCAUAGAGCCAUAUAUGCCCGAUCGAGUUGUUCGACAGUUGGGUUUUAUACAGGAGAUUCCUGGAGACAUGAUUAGGCCUGAUGAUGCUCAGAGACCACUUAGUGUGAAGUCUUAUAGGGUUAGUUUUUCAGCCCAAAUGACCACUCUCAUGUGGGAUAGAUUUGUCCCCGGUGCUGCGUUCAGUCUUCUGCUUGGUGGAUAUACUAGAGUUCCACGUGGCGGACAUACUUGUGCGCCCGACUACCUACCAUGGUUUAGGAGAGUUAGCCAUCCUAUCGUCACUCCUAAUGUUGAGGAUGAUCACGGUCUUCCUGAGAGGACCAACGUUGAUUACUGGGUAGGGCGAUUCAUGGUUACGGCGCAGUGAUCACUUAGUGAGUACCCUACGCUAUCAAGGAACACCAAAGCAAUGUUGGCGCAGGUGAUUGAUGAUUGGAAUGCAAUAAAUGGACUUAGAGAUUAGUUGUAAUAUGUAUUUUAGCUUUGACUUUGUUGUUUUAUUAGACUAUGUUUUGGAUGUUGUUAGUGGACAUUUAUGUUUUACACAUUUGUUGGGAAUUAUCAAGUUGACAUUUAUGUAUUAGUUUUUUAUUUUCUAA